GAUUACACAUCAGCAUGGAUUAUAUUAUAAUAUAAGGAAUGGACAUGUAGGCACCAGUAGAUGGUGGAAUACUGCCAUCUAAUGAUGUGUAUUCCCAUACCGUGCUAACUCGGUUUUAAAUUAAGGCCAUUAUGGCUGAAGACAGCAGCGCUUCGGAAGCGCAAGCUGCGUUGCAAUUUGUGCCAAAACCGCUGGAGGAUGUUCAUGAGUUGGCUUACUUGGAGUACCUUCUUCAGCUGGCUUUUCACACUACUGAGCUUCAUGUGACCAAGGGAUUGAUAUUGGCACAGCCUGAAGAUGUGGAAUCAUUUAAUCGGAAAACGGUUAAGCAUUACCGGGGUUCGCCACUUUCAGUCUGGGUAGACAUGAAUCGUAUGGAUCCUCCGCAAUCAUUUGAUGACUGUGUACGUGCCGGUACUAUGAAUGUAGAUCUAACGCGUCAACUAUAUGAAUAUGGCACGAUAUCAGCUCCCGUUGGUUUCCAAGGCAAUCCUACGGGAUCGUACCGUAUGCUACUUUUCAAGUUGGCUCUAGGACGUACAAAGGCUCAUACAUCUGAAUUUGGUGAUCAAGAGGCUUUUUUGAAGCGUUCUAUACCUGCAGGUUAUGACAGUUUGGAACUGGCGACUAGCAGUGAUCCUGCAUUUUACAAUGCUUUAUAUCGCAUAUCCUCUUCUCAACAGGUGUUACUUUCCGCUGUUGUGGAAUUUGAAUUCACUCCUGUGAAGAUAGAGGUACCCGAGCCCAUUUGUGAGAUGUGCGAGAGUACGGUUGCACAGUGGUACUGCCAUUCAGACAAGGCCCAUUUUUGCAACUCCUGUGAUGCCAAACAUCACUCUGCAACACCUAUAUUUUCUAGACACGUUAGGGUAUCUAGUUCGAAAUCACCCGUUCAAUUUGGUGUUUGCGAAUCGCAUCCUUCUGAAGUUAUAGACGCCGUUUGUCUAAAGUGCAAUCGUGCAUUAUGCAGCCAUUGCAUUCUGUUUGAUACGCAUUCUGAUCCAUCAUUUUUUGACCACCCUUUAAUGUCAACUGUGGACGCCUAUGACUCAGCUUUGAACAAGAGCUCUGAGAGUGAUAUGGAGCUGAAUCGCCACAUGGAGGCUAUUACAUCUCGUGUUCGCAACAGGCAUGAGCUUCUGUCGCAAUUAUAUGCCAAUUUUAAUAACGUCCGUCAGAAGAUUGAUUCUGCUACAUCUUUACUAUUAGACCAGCUAGGGAGUAUGCGCAAUCGUAAACUGCAGUAUUUGGCUGCCAUAAGGCGUGAGGCUGAAUUGGAGCUACUACAGAUGGACUGGGUUGAAGCAUUCAUGUCUCAUCUCCUUUUGGCACUGAACCCGGCCGAGUUUAUUACUAAUCGCAAGAAACAUGAAAUAUUGCUUACUAAGUUAUUUGGUGGCGAAUGCAAGGUAAGCGUCUCAAACUUGCCCAUGUGGAUGAUGCAACGUUUGAUUCUUGUAGGUGACACGAGGUUACAUCGUGUGCCUUUAGAACAGGAUAAGGUUGACAUCGCUGGUGUCCCAGCUGGCGAUGCUGUUGAGCCAACUAUUGCCGGCGACUUCACUCGUACUAAUUUGUUUGAGGAUAUUGGUAACAGCCUGGGCCACUUAGGUGGCGAAAGGGUUGAUUUAAGUCACAAGAUUGACACCAUUUUACGUAAUGAGCCCAUGGAGCUGACCCAGGUACCUUUGGAUGACCAGGGAAACGAUCUAUUGGACUCAAAUGCUGAUAGUACUACACGAAGUGAAUUCGAUAUGUACAACUCUGGUUAUGCUAAUAAAUCAGGUCAUGACCCAGUACUAUCAGUUCAGGCUCACGUACUGGAGCCUGUUUGGGCUCUAUUGUCUGAAGAGAGUAUGUCAACAUUGCUGCACUUGAUCCGUGCCGUUCGUAUACCUGAGAAGAAUCACCUGAUUAAACACUUAGCUACACUGGCAAACCACUUUGAGGAGAUGGACUCUUUGGUCACCAACGCCUGUGAAUUUGAAAUGCAAUCUCUUUGUGACAACAGCUUGUGUAUGCUGAUGCGGAGUUCAAGUUGCUUGAGUGAGUUGCUGUGUUUCAUAUUUCUACACGAUAGAUAUGGCUGUUCUGACUCUUUGGAAUGGGCCCGGUUAUACUGUGAUGGCUUACACGUAUUUUUAAAUAACUCUGACCUCAAGCGUGCAUCUGAAGAGGCCGUCUCUCACGUGGCUAACAAGCUUGUCAAUUCCCUUGACCCUGCUACCAUGCCAUCUACAUUGCGUUUUGUAUUAUACUUCCUUGCUGAACUUGCAGGGGACAAAGCUGACAGUCUCUGUGUUGACAUGCUGAUGGCAGUAUUGUUGUCAACACAUGUUGCGCGGAACAUGCGCGGUAUACCGCGUGAGUCCCUUACUGAAGUAUCAUUUUUGAUGGGUCGUAUUGGCAUAGCAUGUUGGGAUGCUGUUGAGACUAAUUCACUUGACUUUUGUUUGGCUGCAAAGCUCAAGUUGUGGAUGCGUGGAUUACUACGUCGCCCUAGGAUACGAUCUAGCAUUCAUACUCGGCCAACACCAGUGGCUGCGGAAUCACUGCACUACGUGAUCGGUACCUUAGUAACUCUUGAGCGUGAAUUCAACUCUGGCACCAGCCACUUACCGGUGCAACAGGUGAACGAGUUGACGGCUAGGUACAACUUCAUCCCACUUUUUGAAAUUACCGGCCGUUGGGCGGGAGACUAUCGUACAACGAAGCAUGUAUAAUAUUACUGACAUUAGCUUUAGCGU